CUCCGGGCCCUGCCCCAGGCAGGCGGGCGCGGCUUUAACUGUUUGCGUCCCGGAGCACCGAUUCCGUGCCGCGCCGCGCCCCUUCGCUGGCUGUGCAGCCGAGUCCCUUUUCUGAUGGUGUCUGUGCAGGGCCGAUCGUUGAAACCCAGCCCUGCCCGACUGGGGAACUGCGACCGUGAGGCAUGCAGAUCCUAGAGAAACGACCAGAGAAUAGCAUUCUCGUGCAGAAGCUCCAGUAGGAAAGUGGUCCGUCCCCCCACGGAAUAGGAAAGUGAUACUCACCCAGGAUGGAAGUGUGUCCUUACUGUAAGAAGCCAUUCAAACGAUUAAAAGCCCAUUUGCCAUACUGUAAGAUGAUAGGGCUAACUGUACCUGCUGAUCAGUCCAAGCCAGCUACACGCCCACACACUAAAAAAAUGAAAAAAAUCGCAGACAUCAAGAACACUAAAGAGAGAGAAUUAGAGACGGAGAGUAAGAAGAGAAAUACUGACUCGGUAAAAUACAAACCAGAACAGGCAGUGAAGUCUUUUCCACUACUGGCUGUUGGUUUGGAAAGUAAUACAAAGGCAGAUAAAGACAUUAAGAAUACAGUUCAGUGCUCCAUCAAAAAGCUAAAAAAUACUAAGCCAAAGAUUACUUUCCAGGGAGAAACAAAGGCUCAGUUUUAUGCAUCAGAGAACACCACUCCUAAAACAGAACUUGCCAAAGAUUUGCCUGCAUCAGGAGAAAGUAGAAGUAAUCUUUCAGAAACUGAAACAUCUUUACUUCUUGACCCAGUUGAACCUUCUUUGUCAAAUCAAGAUAGAAAAUAUUCUUCAGCCUUACCCAAUGAUGUACCGACCACUUCUACUAAUUUAAGGUUGGACAAAAUUGAUCCCCCAAGACAGAAGCUUCUAGUAGAUUUAUUAGAUAUGCCUAUUGGUGAUUAUCACAGUUCUCCCGUGAAUCUCAGUUAUGGGGUUGAAAGAACAACGUCAUUGUCAAGCAAUGAGAGUGUGUCCAAGGCCAGGGACCACCUCUCAGAAGUCUCUACUGACGUUAGAGACUCCAAGACUGAAGAAAACAUGGAAUCACAAAUUCUGAAUUUUAAAGUUAGCCCAGUGGGUGACAUCCAAGUCAAGGAGACCCAAGAAAAAGGACAGAAGCUUGGAAUAGACACACGUGGGAACAAAGGAAAUAGAGAGAAAAGCGUAUCUGUGCUAGAAAUGCAGGAAUGGGCUUCUGUGAACGGUGGUGCAGAGAACUUUAGUAGUGGUGAUUCAGCCACAGAGAAGAAAUGUCAAGAUGAAGGUCCGGGUUUACAUUUGUUCACUCCAAGAGAGACAGCCUGCAGUGAGCUGCUUUCUGCAUCACAGUCCCAUAAUCAAAGCCUUGCCUCUCUAGCUGUCAGGUUUUUUCAAGAAGAGAAAGCAGAAGCCUGCAGUCCUAACCAAGUCCUCAAUGUGAAGGCAUUAACAGAGAACAGUGAACGAGCUUCUGUGCAGCACAGAUCUGGCUGUGGGCCCCAAGUAUCACACCAUGGGUGCCAGCAAACCUUACAUUCAGUCCUGCCUCACACCUCUUCCAGCCCCUUCACUCAGAUGGGCGUUGCUGAUAGGAAGACCCUUUCAAGCACCCUGGGGCUGGAGUGGUUUCCAGAGCUCUAUCCUGGUUAUCUUGGACUAGGAGUGUUGCCAGGGAAGCCCCAGUAUUGGAAUGCAAUGGCCCAGAAGCCUCAGCUCACCAAUCCCCAGGGAGAGAGACUGUCUCAAGGUAAACAUGCUCAUUUACAAGGGCCAUCCCGCCCAUCCAGACAGCUCUGUGCCUUUUGAAUUAAUAAGGUUCAGAAUACUCCUGCUUUUGCUUAUUUAGCUUGAUUUUACCUAGGCAUUCCAGUAAACCAGACUUAAAAUUGUUCUGAAAACAUUAAUUCUUGCUCCAGAAUUAGUAUCAGUGAUUUAUCACGCUCCCUUCCCCUGCACGCACCAUUGAAGGCUGGACUAGGCCAGGUCGGCCGGUGACAUUGAUCUCUUGAGUUUCCGCAUCAGGAGGAGGCUUGGCCAGUAGGGCAAGUAUUCAGGCUGUCUUGAGAGAUUUCGGUAAGGAGUCAAGGAAAGAGAUGGGACAGACUGAGUCGCCUCAGAAGGUGUCUGGUGGCUCCUUGGCAGUUCCUGGAAUGGGUUAAGUGGCCCCACAGAACCAGGAAGUUCCUGCCAUUUCAGGGACUUUUCACUUUUUCCUGCGGGACCUUACCUUUAGUUAUUGGACUGCCUCUGUAGUUAGAGUACAUGAAGUUUCUUCAUUUUCCUCACCAGGAAGCUUUAGGGUUUUUCUUAAAAACCUUUUCUUAAAAGAGGUUUUCUGAAAGCACAGGUCAUGCAGCACUCAUCUCUUGUGUAUGUAGUAUUCACUAGUGCUUUUAGUUUAGCUUCAACAGGAGACCCGUAGCAGCUCAGAAAAGCAUCACACCUGAGGAACUACUUAAUAUUUCUUAUAGGGAUAUAUAUUUCCUCUCCAGUAGAUCUUGUGAAUUAUUACAUAUUCACUAAACCACAAGUCAUCUGGUCUGAAAAGCAUUUUCUUUUAGAAGAUUUCAAAACAGGAAAGCCUGGGUAGCUCUGCAGUUGAGCAUCUGCCUUUGGCUCCGGGUGUGAUCGCAGAUUUCUGAGAUCAAGUCCCACGUCGGGCUCCCUGCAUGGAGCCUGCUUCUCCCUCUGCCUGUGUCUGCCUCUCUGAGUCUCAUGAAUAAAUAAAAUCUUUAAAAAAAAAAAAAGAUUUCAAAACAAAUGUUAAGUGAAGAAUAUUGCUAUCUAAAGCUACAUCUUCCUCACCUGCUGCAGUGAUUGCCAGUUUGCUCCAAACAGACCUACCAUCUAGGCCCUCCUUAUGAAGUUAUAAUCUGUUUCAAGGUCAGAGUUAGGCUUUCAAACCCCUUCUCCGUGUUGACAUAGAAUUACACUGACAUUUGUGUUGCUCUUCUGUUUUGAGAAUGCUUCCAUUUUCUUAUUUCGACCUUGCCGCUCUGAGAGGUAGGCAGUGAUUUUUAUCUCUGCUUUGCAGGUUUGAUUAAACAGGCACAGAGAGGAUAAGUGGUUGGUUCAAGGUCAUGUUGCCAGUAGGUGGUAGGGCUGUAGGUAGAGCACGGUCUCUCCAGACCACAUUUCAUCCUUUCUAUUAGACCGUAUUGCAAAAAGUGUGCCAUAAGUAGAAACACAGGUGGUGGUUAGAUCUGUGUACCUCUUGGUUUGCAGUGGCCCGUGGCGAAUCUUUCUGGCAAGUGGAACUUCCUUAUUUCCUGUACUAUCUUUAAUAGCGCUGGGAGUGUCUCUGACACACAAGCUUUUCAUUUCAGAAGAAAAGGGGAGGAGACUAACGGUCAUGAUGACAAUAUCAGACACUGCUAGGUGUGUUGCAUUAUUACCUCAUUCAACCCUCCUGGCAACUCAGGUGACUGUCACUGAAGUCACAGUCUUGCCCUCUUUACGGGCGAAGAAUCUGAGCCCCAGAUGUGUUAAGUGACUUGCCCACAUUCACACAGUAAGUGGUCAGAUAAUCUUGAGUAGGCUCCACACACUCUAAGUUGAGUCAGGCACCCCAGGUUCAAAGCUGUUCUGUCCUCUUUUAUCGGUUACAGUCUGCAGUACUCUGAGUAAUUUGGCAGACUGAUAGUUUUGAGGACACCACAGAGUUGGGUUUCAGUAAGUCAGGAACGAGAAUUAGGCUUAUGGAACUUGGCAGCAUUAGCCAUCGUGUGAGGUUUAGGGAGAAGGAUUUUCACAUCCUUACUACCCAAAAAAAGUAGUUUUCCCAGCAUUAACAAAAAUAGAUUUUUAGAAGUUCAAGAUUUAAAUUACUAGAGACUCAGCAAGUACUAGUGUCAGAAGGGUCCUCAGCAAUAAAAAUUGGUUUCCUUUCUUCAGAAAAAGCCUUGUGAGCACCUAGGUGGGGGCACUUGGCUGAGUAUUGGCCAAAUUCAGGUGCCUUGGCUUUCGGGACUCCAGUUGAAGAGAUCUAGGUCCUUGGAUCCCAAACAAUUGACAGUUUCACAUAGAUGAAAGAUUCCUGGACCUCAUUCCCAAAGACUGAUCCUGAAGCAAAGUCUAAUCCCAGGUGGUUGUGUUUUGUUUUGUUUUGUUUUGUUUUGUUUUUUGUUUUAAGAUGGUAUUUAUUCAUGAGAGAGGCAGAGGGAUGUGAGACUCGAUCCCAGGACCCCGGGAUCAUGCCGAAGGCAAAUGCUCAACCACUGAGCCACCCAGCAUCCCUAAUAAUCCUGUCUUCAAACAUUUCUUAAGUGUUUCUACAGAGGAGCCAAGUUAGAGUACAGCUGGUGUUGGGGAGGCCACUGGAGGCAGGGGCCUCAGACCCAGGAUGAAGGUGUUGGCAAACAAAUGGGGGUAGAAAGGUUUGGAAAACACAGUUCAUAGAACUACAGAAUGCAAAAGUUGGCUGGUGGGACUAGGAGAACAGAAAGUGAAGAAACCUUUAUAGGGUCAUGGGUUUGGGUGGGUUUGUUUUUUUAUUUAUUUAUUUUAGAACACAAGCGGGAGGGGCAGGGUGAGGAAGAAAGACUCCCCACUAAGCACAGAGGCCCACACAAAGCUUGAUCCCACAACCCUGAGCUCACAGCCUGAGCUGAAACCAAGACUUGGGCACUUAACUGACCGUGCUACACAGGUGCCCCGAUCGUGGGUUUUUAAAGGCCUUGCUCUCAUCAUCAAACAGCAUUUCCAUCAAUAAGCUACCCUGGUGAGAUGUUUGAGACAGCACACAUGGGGAAGGGGCUCAGAGUAGUCGGGAUUGGAGCAAAACUGAAGUAUGACAAGCCAGGGUGGGGUCUGCUAGUAGCUAAGGAGGUCAUGAAAGGGGAUGUUUUAAAUAAAAGCGCCUGUGACAACAGCCAGAGACAUGAGGGGUGAGUCAAAUCCCCUGACUGGAAUUGCAGUGAGGCCAGAAGGGUGGCAGGCAAUGUUAGAGAUAUAAAGGUAGGGACAGUUCCAGGGUUCCUAUUAGUGAAGCCAUUGUCACUAGAUUAGGGGAUGCAAGGACGUCAACACUGGCAGGUCAAGGAUAAUGUCUAAAUGAGAUGACAGUGGGUGUUAGCAGUCCUGGGCCCACAGCCAGGCAGAAAGGGUUGUAGGUCAGAACCCAGGGUCCCUGAGUAGCAGGAAGGAUGACACUGGAGACACAGAAUUUCUGUGGAUUCUGGGCUGGCCUCUCCUGGGCCUCGGGCUUUUAAUCCCAUCUCAGGGCCGGAACUGAUGUCAUUUAGUCAAGUCUGAACCCUUAGUGAAGGAGGCUGCUGGCAGAAGCAGGAACAGAGUUGAGGGAGGGACCACCCCGUUUCUAGCAUGGCAGGGGAAGUGGUUCUACAAUUGUAGUUUUCACAAGUGUCUCUUACCACCUUUUUCCAUUUUUUUCCGAGAAUGGACUAUGCCAUGCUUUUUUAGAGAGCUUAAUCUUCACUUUGCAAAAUAAUUAUCUUCUGUGUAAUUUCUUGGAAGCCAGUAUGGGUUUUCUCAUUGUUACUUAAUGUGAUGAUCAUUUGGGUAGCAUUUUUACAUCCAUAGCAACUUUUAUUUCAUCUGCUGAACCUGUCAUAAAUACUUGCCUUAUUUUAUCCUUUAUCUUGAUGAAGCCAAACAAGACCAGAGAACAGCAACAGUAGAGAUUCUCUACCUGUCAUUAAAACAGAAAAAAAGGUAUAGGAAAGCUAUAAAUAAAUAGCAUAAGCCCUCCUUCCUGGCUCUAAGUUUGUUACAUGUCGAACGUAAAUAAGAAAUGUUGGCUGGUCAGUAAUAGCACUGGACUAACAGGGCACACAUGUUGACUCUGGUACGUGUAGUGACAAGUAGCAGUAGGUACUAUAAUAGAGAGUCACGCCUUCUGGUAGUAUGUUUAGCCAAUUGGAGAAAACACAGGCAGUUCAUUUCAUUAAACAUGUACACCUGGAUCAUCUGUGCACUAUAUUCAUCAGAUCAAAAACGU